CAUAUAUCAUUGUCAGAAAACGUCAAUGUCUAUGGGUCUAUAUCACUGUUUUAAUUAGUUUUGACUGUAUAUGACACAAUUUUGAGACAGUCAUGGGUGAUACGAAGAUGUUUGUGAUUUUCCUGUUUCUCGCAAUAACUGCAGCCUUCGGUGCAGAUAUAUCUGUGGAAGAGGAAAGUUCCACCGGCCGUUACACGAUCGAAGGCAAAGUACUAUUCGAUCCACUCUUUAAUCAGCCCAAUUGGCAGGCAAACACUCGCAUUCACGUGAACGGCGGGGAGCAUCUUGGAUUCAUCCGUGAAGACGGAACGUUCCUUAUACACAACGUACCUCCAGGUUCCUACAUCGUCGAAGUCCUCAACCAAGAGUUCACCUAUGAACCUGUCCGAGUGGAGAUCAACACCAAGGGGAAGUUCAGAGCCAGGAAAGUGAACCACAUUCAGACAUCUCUGGUCAUUCAAGUCCCUUAUCCGCUGCGCAUGAAGCCCCUCGGCAUCACAAAGUACUUUCAGCUCAGAGAGCAAUGGAUGAUCACUGAUUUCCUCUUCAAUCCCAUGAUCUUGAUGAUGGUCUUGCCGUUGCUUCUUAUUAUGGUUUUGCCAAAGAUGAUGAAUGACCCUGAGACGAAGAAGGAACUCGAGCAGAUCCGCGGCAUAACCAAAUUCGAUAUGCCCGAGGUUUCUGAUAUGGUUACAAAUUUCUUUGCGGGUUCCAGUCCACAGCAGAAUCAAGCUGGCAAGAAAGUCACAAAGACGAAGAAACGACAAUAGUGAUUCUUUUUUUAUUUGUUCCUUCUAGUGUUUUACUGUGUAAUAAAUAAAUUAUUUAUAUUAUGUACAAAUUAUCAUUUAAGUUUUCAAUUCAUUAUUCUGUGAAUUGACUUCAGAACAAUAGUGAAUUAUCUCAAGAUUCAUAGUUAAUUAUUAUUUCUGAUUACAUUUACGAACAUUUAUAUAU